UUGUCUUCUGACUUUAGGUCGACAUUGUAUGCUCUGAAGACUUUUAGCACAUGUAACAUCGAUCUACAAUGGCUAACAGCAAUUACUCUACAGUGUCUGAGUUCAUCCUUGUGGGGCUCACAGAUGACUCAGAGCUUCAGGUCAGUCUCUUCGGUGUGUUUCUAGUCAUCUACUUAACUAGUGUUGUGGGUAAUAUUGGAUUGAUUGUGUUAAUUCAAGUGAGUCCUCAGCUUCAUACCCCCAUGUAUUUUUUUCUGACUCACCUGGCUUUUAUCGACUUUUGUUUUACCUCUUCUGUCACUCCAAACACUCUGUUAAAUUUUCUACGUAAAGUUAAAAGCAUAACCUUCUAUGCAUGUGCCACUCAGUUAUGCUGCUUUGUCACAUUUGUAGUUUGUGAACUGUACUUGCUGUCAAUAAUGGCCUAUGAUAGAUAUGUGGCCAUCUGGAACCCUCUCCUCUAUGCAGUCCUCAUGCCUAGGAAGCUCUGUCUUCAGGUCAUCGCCAGCACAUACAUUUAUGGAUUCACUGUGGGGCUGGCACAGGCAGUGGAGACCUUCCGAUUAUCUUUCUGUGGCUCCAAUGUAGUCAACCACUUCUACUGUGAUGAUGUUCCCUUAGUUGCUCUGGCCUGUUCUGACACUCAUGUCAAAGAGCUGAUGUUGCUAAUCAUUGCUGGCUUCAACACCCUUUGCUCUCUGGUGAUUGUGGUUAUUUCUUAUGUCUGCAUUGUCUUUGCCAUCCUGAGGAUUCAUUCUGCUGAAGGAAGAAGGAAAGCCUUUUCCACUUGUGCAUCCCAUCUGACAUCAAUCACUAUAUUUUAUGGGACAGUAAGUUUUAUGUACCUGCAACCCAAGUCAAGCCAUUCUCUGAACACAGAUAAAUUUGCUUCUGUGUUUUAUGUGGUAGUAAUUCCCAUGUUAAACCCUCUGAUCUACAGCUUGAGAAAUCAGGAAGUAAAAAGUGCUCUAAAGAAAAUAGUAGAAAAGUUAUCUUUAGCCAUCAGGUAAUUGAAAAACCACUGGGUAAAAUGAUCAGGUGUCUUUCAUUUAUAUAUCAUCUAUAUUCACAGCUAUGGAAACAGAG